AUGCUUGGAAUGAUGAACGCAGGGGGCGAAACCCCAGCAGACUUUUUUUCACCAAUGCGUCCUUCUUCGCUCUUCAAAAAGCAUCGAUACCUUGAAAGAGCAAAAGAAACGUUAAGUUACGCAUCCGACGGUCGUCUUCUGAUUGACGGUCAUCCUAUUGUUCAAGAAGAUCCUGAAGAUUUAUGGGCCGAACUCAUUAUUCGAGUAAUUGCUUAUAGGAUACGAGGAGCUUGUAAAAGUAACACAAAGCCACCAUCAUUCUGGAAGAGAAUCUCCACGAAACUCUUGACGCGAUCCGUAUCAGUGAAAGAUGAAUUAAUACUUAAUUCAGAACAUCAACAACUGCCAAAGGAUCAUGAAGGCUUCGUUACAACGAUCAAAGUUACCGCGACUAAUUCGCCAAUGCAGCAGAAGAUUUCUUUUAAUGGACGUCGUAUUACAACAUGA